UGUUUUUGGGCAGGACUUUUCCUAUUUCCGAUAUUCGAAUGAUUAUUAGAAUAGAAUAGAUAUCGAAAAUUUCCUGAAUAAAAAUAUACGAGUAUACAUGAAAAAUUGUGUUUGAAAAUAUUGCUAGUUUUUGUUUCAGUUGUUGGUUUAUGUAGCUGUGACUUUCUUUUAAAUCUGUAAAGAUUUACAAGUUUUGAUCCGAGAAGUUUUGUUUUCUUAAUUUAUCGAAUAUGAAUUGUUUGAUUCAAAUUAAAUAAAAAAAUAAAAAUCUGUAUUGCUGUCCCAUCCCUGUGUUGAUUUCGUUCGGAAACUGUGCUUGAACACAAAACAAAAAUUAAAAACAAAAAUAAACUAAUGUUUUGUUCAGAACAUUGACAGAUUUUUGUGAGUUCAUAAAAAUAAUUGCCUGAAAUUCUCGUUUCAUCACGAAUUAACAACAGAAUGCAAAGUUUUAUAUGUGUUAAUAAUUCGAUAAUACAGAAAAGGAAUAAAUAGGGGACGCAAUACAAAUUACCAAACCAAAAAUAGUUAAACAGAAGAGCCGGAUGUCUUCCGAUGACGGAAAUUCAUAUCAAAAGAGCAAUCAUCACCAAACGCACCUCCUUCAUCAUCCCAGUAGCAGCAUCCAUCACUCCCAAACAACGCUGCCGAAUCCCUCAUUAAGCUCAAGUAAAUACAGAGGGAGUGGAGGAUCAAAUAGCAAUCGCAAUUUGGCCCAAAAACAUCACCAUCAUCAGCAUCAGCAGCAAUCUUCUUUAAAGCAACAAUCAAUGUUGCUCUCAUCGACGUCAUCGGCGGUUUCAUCGUCAAAAUCGAGUGGAAUUAUUUCUACGUCUCAUCAACAUCAUAACCAACAGCAUUCUCAUUCACAAAACCUAUCAAAUAAUGAAAAUGCAUCUAAUUUGGCAAGCAAUUCCAUCAGUCGACGAAAAUCAUCAUUGACUUAUCAACAUCAACAAAUCAUGACGGCUACGACAUCGUCAGCAUCAGCUGAUGUUAUAGCAAUGGUGGAUAUCGGCGAUAUUGAUGUGGCGCGAAGCCCCAGUAGUUUUGCUUCUCCCAGCCGCUACAGUCCAAAUGCGAAUGACGGAGCAUUCCAUCACAUUGGAUCGAAGCUCUCUAUACAUCCAAUCGAUGCGCGAUAUGACGAUACAAUGACAUGUUGCCUGCCGCCACCGUCUCCAGCACCGAAUUGUGAUCGUUUUAUAAUGGGGAUUCCAUCGCCAUCGAGCUCUAUUAAUAGCAGUAGUCAUUUGAAUGAUACACAGCCAUCUUCUGCAUCGGCUUUGAUAAGUGGAUCUCAAUCAUCCUCAUCUUCCUCCACAACACAGCAGCAACAAUCAAUUGCGGGAGCGAAUAUCACACACAAAUAUAGUGGCGUGGGUAUGAAUAGCUCGAUACAACGCUCAAUGUCACCAAACUCGCGCUAUCGGUUGCCCGAACGUUAUCGUGAAAUCUCGCCUAAGUGUGAUAGAUUUGUGGCAUCACCUCAUUUUCUAUCGAACAGUACACCUCUUGUUUCGAAUGAUAUUUAUUUGUCUUCAAAUGUGCAUACACCUGUCAAACGCUAUGUUCCAACUCCUCCUCCAACAGAAGUUUAUUCAGAUAUUACCCAUCAUUCUACAUCAACGUCAUCGGCUUCUGCAACUGGCGCAAACUACCACACUCUCGUUAAAAGCCCAAACCUACCUCAUCAAACACAAUCUUCAUCCCAACAAACACAACAACAUAACAGUGUCAGCACUUUGCCGUAUCGUUUCCGCAUGAAAUGUUGUAUCAACGAGCAGCCAGUUUCCGUUUCCACGAAUUUAUCCACAUUGAGUCAAAAUACUCCACAUCAUGAACGAAUUGCUGCAGCAAAUAGUUUUGCCACAUCACCCCGUGUUCGAAGUGGUUUUAAGUGCUCAGCUACUAAUGAUACCACUGCCUCUGAACUGUCACCGCAAAGGCAGAAUGUUGCAAGCAGUUAUCAGCAACAGCAUGCAAACUCGGCAAUACCAAACAAUCUGCGUACACCUCGAAAUAGUUCGUGCAUUCUCAACGAUUAUGUUUCGCGUACACCAAGUAUAGAAUACAUUGGCUCAAGUGUUGGACGUAUCUUAACUCCAGUAAGCAUACUCUCAGAGCCCAGCAUCGGAGCAUGCUUGCAUUGUAAUACAAUAAGGCGAACGACCGGUGUACAUCAGACAACUCAAACAACAGGUCCUGUCAGUCCGGUACCAUUGCAGAAUUUGCCGGAGGUUUCAGACUUGGCUGAAAGUGCUACUUCAAAUGAGCUUACUUCAUCCACUUCCACCCCAUCCACAAAUGAAUCGCACAUUUCUCCACUGUCCCCAUCACAGCACUAUCAACAGCAUCAAGAACAGUUGCAAGUUUAUCAGAGAAACCCAGAAAUUAUUUGCGGGGAACAACAACGGCGCGUCCACACACACGUCAAUCGGAAUUUCCAGAAACAACAACUAGACCAACAUGAAGAACUUCUUCAUUAUAAAGAAGCCAUUGAUCAGCCAAAAGAUCUGCUUCAAGAACAACAGCAGCAGCAACAACAACAGCAACAACAGCACCAACAACAACAGCAGCAACAACAGCAACAACAACAGCAUGAACAUUAUUUGCAGCAACCAUCGCAAUACCAACAGCAACAGUUACAACUUCAGCACUCUCAGCAAUAUCAUCAGCAGCAACCAUCGCACAAUCAUAUAAGACACAUUGUAACAACGAACAAUGUAACAGGCUCAGGAGUUGGAGGUAUCCCCAACUCUUUGAACUCUAGGCAGCAAUUGCAACAUCGAUUUUCUCGCAAGCAACGUCUCAAUCAAUAUGUUCGCAAGCAAAUAUCAAAGUUCUUCGGUGUUGAUUCUCAAACUGAAAAUGAUGAACGUGCCAUAUGGUUAGGGCGGCAACGACGUUUCGCGAUCCGUCGCUUUGGUUCUCUAAAAACUGAAAGUGAACUGAACUCUAACAAUGGUCGAAGGCAUAAUGUUGUACAGCAGCCACCUACAGAACGACCCGAUAUUCUACCGGCACAAACCGAGGAGUCGCAAGCCCAGUCGCAUAUUAAUGUCGCCGACUUUAACCACGGCCAGCAUGUAGAGCGCAAGGCAUCGGUUCCCACCAUGAUAAUUUCAGGAAUGUCAUACAUAGUGCAGACGCUAAACAAGCGUCAGCACCGCAACCAGCGUCUUUGGUCACGUAGUUUUGCACCAGCGCAUGUUACGGCUAUCAAUGGUGAUAACCCGAGUGAUAUCUGUGAAGGUUUAACCACGUUGCAAGAAGAGGAUGUAUUCUUUGAUUCACCGGGAAACGAUUCAGGAAAUUUCAGUAACGUCACUGAAGGACGAGUAGCCAGCGCAAAAAUAAUAGAACACCAGCGCCAAAUUUACAUGGGUGAAAGAGUUCAUGGAUGGCGAACCUCAGCUAUUAUUGACCAGCAACUUAGCCAGCAACAGCAAACCAAUGGUGGCAACGGAUUAGGACUAGGAAACGCAGUAGGAAUGCAGCACCAAAUUGGUAGCCGAGGUAUUAGAAUUUCAUCGCAAUUGCUUGAUGGAGUUCUUGAAAAUUCGAGACGUCCAGUAGCCCGAAAAGUCAAACUGUUCUCUGUGCAGGAUCUCGAUGAUCGCAAUGAUCACCGGCCUUUCUUCACGUAUUGGAUUAACACAGUACAGAUUCUUGUCCUGAUAUUGUCUUUGAUUUGUUAUGGAAUCGGCCCCAUCGGCUUAGGAAUAGAACAAAAAACGGGCCAGGUCUUAGUGCCAAGCCUGAGUUUGCAGACAGUGCAACACCAUGAGCAACGAAAUGUUUGGAUUGGACCAAGAAAUAGUGAUUUAGUUCAUAUGGGAGCCAAAUUUGCAACUUGCAUGCGCAAGGACAUAAAAAUAAUGGAUGUUAUAUCAAAAACAAGGCGUCAGGAACGUGAGACUGCUUGCUGUAUUCGGAACGAUGAUUCGGGAUGCGUACAAAGUUCACAAGCCGAUUGUUCCGUUCGAGGACUCUUUCCAACUAAAUCUAUUUCCACAUGGAAGAAAUGGUCACCGGGAGAGUCCGGACCAGGUGGCAGAAUUUCCGGCUCAGUUUGCGGACUCGAUCCGAAGUUUUGUGAUGCUCCAGCUUCAAUAGCUCCAUACGAAUGGCCUGACGAUAUUACCAAGUGGCCGAUUUGUCGCAAAACCAAUUCGUUUUCUCAAAGAUUUCGUUUUAAGGACCACACGGCUGAGCAUAUGGUAUGCGAGGUGAUAGGCCAUCCGUGCUGCACUGGAGUUUUUGGCGAGUGCCGCAUAACCACUCGAGAAUAUUGUGAUUUCGUAAAUGGUUAUUUUCAUGAAGAAGCUUCUUUGUGCUCGCAGAUUUCGUGCCUCAAUAAUGUGUGUGGCAUGUUUCCGUUCUUUUCCAUAGAGGUGCCUGAUCAAUUCUACAGGUUGUUCACAUCGUUGUGUCUACACGCUGGCAUCCUACACUUGGCCAUAACAAUUGCCUUUCAGCAUGUCUUUCUUGCCGAUUUAGAACGCUUAAUUGGUCCAAUACGAACUGCAAUCGUCUAUAUCGGUUCUGGGCUUGCAGGAAAUCUAACAAGUGCUGUACUGGUUCCUUAUAAGCCUGAGGUUGGACCACUUGCUUCUCUCGCUGGGGUAAUCGCAUCGUUUGUUGUUCUUUUGAUUCUGAUUCACUGGAAGCAACUGCGAAAGCCGCAUUUAGCUCUUUUUAAGCUUAUUGUUAUCGGCGGUAUACUAUUUGGAAUAGGAACUUUACCAUGGCAAUUAAACUUUGCUGGUCUGCUGGCCGGCAUUUUCUGUGGAAUAUUCUUGACUAUUGCAUUAGUGCCAUUUGUGACAAUAACUAAAUAUGGCCGCAAGACAAAGAUCAAUCUCAUUUGGACUUGUAUAUUAUUCCAUUUAUUUAUCUACGCGGCAAUGUUGGUUAUUUUCUAUCUAUUUCCAACUGAAAUUACAUCGUUUAAUUUUGGAGACGUCAUAAAUAGUGGUUUCAAUUUGAACAGUGGCAGUAUUGAAAGUUUCCGUAAUAUUCAUGCAACGGCAAAUAACAACAAUAACAAUCAUCAUCAACAACAACAACAGCAGCAACAUCACCAUCACCAUCAUUCGGAUGAUAUUAUAACUAAUACGGUGUUAAGUGCACUGACAACAAAUAACGACAACAGUGCGCUGCAAUAUCAACAGCAAACGUUACAAUCACAACAAAAAACAUUUUAUCAUCGGUUGUUCAAUAGUAACAAUCACAAUCUCACCACCAUUAACAAUUAUUAUUAUUACAAUAAUAAUAAUCGCAGCAAUAGUAGAAACAACAAUAUGUAGAAUGAUGGGAAACUAAUACAACACAAUAAAUAUGGAUUACGAAAAAAACAAUAACAUCAAGCUGGAGAACAACAAGAUCAACUACAGGAAAAACAACAUCAACCAGGGGCCUGAUUAUGGGAUUCGCGGCGAAUCGUUUUGCUUUCGCUUUGUGCCUAUAGUGCCUGUCUAUACGUGUUGUGCUCACAACGUUGUGACGAGAGUUUGUGGGCAAGCGAGGAGCUGAGUAAAGGGACGGAAUUCUCAUGACUGGCUGUACAGUUCCUUUCUCAUUUCGUUCCGAAUUUCCCAUUUACCGCGUUUACAAGGAGAAUUGAAUCCGAAUUGAAUCAGAAUUUAAGGCCGUAUAGACCUGGAUCGGAUCGAAAUAGGAUUACUCGAUCCGAUCCCACUGAAAGAGGUGAAUCGAAUCGAAAAUUUGUUUGUAAACCUGAAUCGGGGAAUCGAGUUAUUGGUGUGUGAGGUCUUGCUUGUGUGCGUGCGAUAAGUUUUUUCUAUCUUGUGUGUUCUAAGCAAAAAUACUCCAUUUAAAUGGAGUAUUUUUGGUUAUAAGCUGAAUUUAAUUUGGCGCUCGUCUUUGUGUUGAAAGCAUUGUUUUAAAAUUUGAAAGUUAUUCUAGUAGCAGUACGCACAUAAAUACAACCCAAAUGUCAUUUCGAUUCCAUUUGAAUUCGAUUCCUCGAUUCAGUGCCACCAUAUACCUGGAUCGAAAUCUCAAUUCGAUUCGAUUCGAUUCCUCGAUCUCCUCUUGUAACCAGGGUAAUUAUUUUCUGUUCGUCGAUGUGAAAGGUAUCCUUGUUUUGCUCUUCGGCUUUGCACAUAUUGUAUACACUGGGCUACAUUGGCCAUUUAUUACCUAAUUUGGUCAAAAUGUUUUUCACUUGGUCAAAUGGUAAUUUUUUAUUCGAUUUGGUCAUAUUUUUCGGAAACGACAAAAGAUGUUUGAAAACUUGAAUAACGAAAACGUUCUUGUAACAUACUCACUUGGCUAAAUAGAAAUACCUGUUAAACUCAUUUAAGCAACUUUCUGCAUAUAAUAACUUUAUUAAAAA